UUCGAAUAUGGCUUUUGGACUAUUCAGCAGACAAUGCUUAGGUUACUUUCUUGUUAAAAAGCAAUUGUGAUUGGUUAAAAACUGCAACAGGACGGCUUGGAGCUAUUCAGAGUUGAUUCAAAAUCACAGUCAAACUUACCUUACAUUCUCAGUGUUACCGAGUGUGCAGUGCAGUGGAUUUACAUUAAAAUAUGAGGUAAUAUAAGAAAUAACAUAUUCGAGAUGUUUCAAGCGUUUCAAUACCUAUUGUGAUUUGUGAGUGAAGUACAGGAACGUCGCAACAUUUAUAUAAUUCAUAAGUUAUUAAGACGCAAACGUGUGAAAUGACGGAUGCAAAGUUAUCCGGGCUGCGCCCUCCAACGAAGAUUGGUAGACCUUGUUGUGCUAGCGGGCCUAAGCCAAGUGUUCCACCAUCUCCUUCUAGAUCAUCAGCCAAAAACUCCAUGGAGCACCUAUGGGAGACGCACGGUCGCCGUCUUAGUGAGACGGGAUCACGUCGAGAUUCAGAUACAAGUGUCGUCUUGACAGAGGACACGGACAGCUUUAUAAUUGGCGAUCGAGUUUGGGUCGGCGGUACGAAACCUGGAUUAAUUGCUUAUAUUGGAGAAACUCAAUUUGCCCCGGGAGACUGGGCUGGAAUCGUACUCGAUGAACCAAUUGGAAAAAACGAUGGAUCUGUUGCUGGUUCACGAUAUUUUCAAUGUGAACCCAAAAGAGGGGUCUUCUCUCGGCUCACCAGGCUGACAAGACGACCUUUAUCGGAUUUACCGCCUUCUGCGCUAUCUCCCACACAAAGAACUCCAACGUCUCCUACGGAAAGUACAAGAGGAAACCUGAGCAAGUCCAUAUCGCCGUCAUUGAACACUUCCACAACAAGCCUGUCGUCGGUGUCACAUAGAGAAUUAAGAUUAGGAGAACGGGUAAUUGUGUCUUCCAGUCAAGGCAGCAAAGCUGGUAUUUUAAGAUUUAUGGGAACCACUGAAUUCGCCAACGGAGAAUGGUGCGGUAUUGAAUUAGAUGAUCCGGUUGGAAAAAAUGACGGAUCAGUUGGUGAAAAAAGGUAUUUCGAAUGUCGUCCGAAACAUGGCCUCUUCGCUCCAAUUCACAAAGUAAGUCGAUCGCCGUCAAGCAAGAGAUCGUCAACAUGCAUCGUGCAUAAACCAACCGGAGCUGCAUUGAACAUGGCGCUGAGAAAGAUGGGAUCCAGAGAGUCUUUGCUAUCCACCUCUAGUAUUUCCAGUACUCAAGCUAGUACCGUUUCUAAAAGUGCAGCAGCCUCAGCUAGGAAACCCGGCAUACGUACUUCAACACCUACAAGAAGCUCAGUGCAGGAAAUGCUGAAAGACAAACAGAUAGAGAUCGAACAUCUUCACAAGGAAAGAGAUUUGGAACGCCAACGAGUAACCAGAGCUGCAAAUCAAGCCGACCAAGCAGAGCAUACAAUUUUAUUAAUGAAACAGGAAUAUGAAAGGUAUAGGGAAAACAUGGAAAAGAAAAUUCAAGAUGCGGAGCAAGCGCUAGCCCAAUUAUUAGACGAAAAAAGUAUACUAGUAACGCAACUGGACGAAGAGCGCAGGAAAUGCGAAGAUUUGUUGUUUCGGUUUGAAGAGGAAUCAGUUGACAAAGAUGCUAUUCAGCAAGAAAAAACUACACAGAAUGUUACGAAUUCUUUGAACGAAAAUAAAAUCAAAGAACUUGAGCUCAAACUUUCGGAAGAACGGGAAAGAGUCGUUCAACUGGAACAAGACAGCAUUAAACUAUUUGAAGCCGAAGAGGAAUUGACAAAACUUCGCAGUGAAUUGUCUUCUACUGUAGGACAAGAUCAGAGUGCCUCAGAAGAACUGCAAAAGCUUGAGCAGCAAUUAGAAGAAAUGCAAAAGACUCUGCAGCUCAAGGAAAACGAAAAGAGCGACCUCAUUGCAAGAUAUGAGGAACAAAUAAAAACAUUUCAGGCGCAGCUAACUGAACACGAAAAAAGUACUGCUUCGUUAACAGAUUCUGAAUCAACGUUGAAAAACGAAUUGGAGCAUGCUAAACAAAGUUUAGAAAGUAGGAAUACGAUAAUUUCACAAAUGAGUCAGAAAUAUGAUAAUGACAUAGCGAAGUUAAAAGAAGAAAUACAACAAUCUGUAAUUAAUAUGGAUAACAUUACCAGGAAUAAUACAUUGUCACAAGAAAGCUUGAUUUCAAAGUAUGAGAAUAUCGUAUCUGAAAAGGAUAAUAUAAUCAAACAAAAAACUGAAGAGCUAGAUACGGAAGUGAAACGAAAUUUAGAAAUGCAAAAGACGAAUUUAGAACAAUUAAAAAGUGAUAACACAAAGCGCUUCGAAGAACUCUCAGAUACCUUCAAAAGCCAGUUGACUGAAAAAGAGUUGAAGAUUGUAAAUAUUACCUCACAGCUGGAUGAGAAAAAUAAAGAAAUUGAGAAAUUAAUGACUGAAAUGAAAAUCUGUAAUCAAAGUAGAGAUUCGGAACUUCAAAAAGCCUUCUUAGAAAUUGAAGAUUUGAAGCAAAAGUUGAAGUCAUUGGAUGAAAAUAAUAAUUAUCUGAAAAAUCAAAUUCAAACCUUGGAGUUAAAAAUCGAGGAUGAUAAUAAAAAAUUUGAUUAUGAAAAAAAAAAACUUGAAAUAGACAUCGCAGAUUUUAAAAGCUCAUCGCUUGAUACGUUGGCACAGUUAAAACAAUUGAAGGAAGAGUUGAGUAACAAAGAAACAGAAAUAAGUAAUCUUAGUGAAAGUAACGUAAAAACAAUUGAACAAAUGGCGAAAGAUAUUGAAAAUAAAUUAUCAGCAAAGGAAGAAAUUAUCCAGCAAUUGAAACUAGAAACUGUAAACAAAACUAAAGAGAUUGAAAACGCUCAACAGGAAAUAACAGAUCUCAAAGCUAUUGUUCUACAGAAGACAACGGAAGUUGAACAAUUUUCGAAAAAAUGUACAGAACUGGAGAACUCAAUUUCGGCAUCAGUGAAUGGUAAGACUUUGCUUGAAACUGAGUUGCAAUCUUUAACAUCUACCAAUGCUGAGUUGAACAGAAAGUUAAUUACUUUGGAGGAAAAAAAUUCUUUACUAGUUGAACAGAAAAAGAAACUGGAAUUGGACAUAUGUAAUUUAAUAAGUUCCACGGCGAACUCGUCUGAUCAACUCAUGAAAUAUAACGAAGAUCUCAGAAAAAAGGAACAAGAGUUGGACGAAGUGCGCGAUAAAGUCGGCCAAAUUCAAAAUUCUCUCGAAUCUGUUCAAAAUACUCUGAAGUCAACUGAGAAAGAUUUAGAAAAGUCACAACUAUUGAAUAAAGAAUCUAACUCGAAGCUUGAUGAAGUACAAGGUUUGCUUAUGUCGGAGAAAAAAAUAAACACUGAUCUCACACUGCAACUUGGUUCCUUGAAAAAUCGAGAACGUGAACUGGUUGAAACUGUUGAUAAAGGUAAAGAUCUGAAUUUGGAAAUAGAAAAAAAAACAAAUCAAGUUACUGAAUUGAAUACUCAACUUGGUUUUCGUGAUCAAGAAAUUGGAGAAUUAAAGGGCAGAUGUAAAGAAUUACAAAAAUUACAUGAUGAAACUAUUGAAAAUACUAAUAAAGAAAAAAUUAUUAGUGAAAAUCUUAUAAAAGACUUGAAAGUGAGGGUUGAAGAAUUUUCACAGGAACUUAAAACUUUGCAGCAGUCGAAACAAAAAUUAGAAAAUGAACUAAACGGAAGAGAACAGUCUAUUGAAGAAAUAGUCCAGAAACUUAAUUCUGAAGUGAAUUCUAAAGAAAACUUGAAUAAACUAUUCUUAGAAGCAACUUCACAGCUUAACUUGAGUGAAAAGAAAAUGAAAGCGAUGCAAGAAGAAAUAGAUAUUCGUGACGAUAACUUGAAGUCUAUGAAUGUCAAGUACAACCAUGGUCUAACACAAAUAGCUUUAUUGAAAUCUGCAAACGAUAAUUCUGCUUCAGAAGCACAAAUGAAACUGGUGACUAUGGAAAAACAAUUAGCUAAUAUUACAACUGAACAUGAGACUGUAACUAAAUCUCUUGCCGAAAUAACUCAGCUCCAUGGUGAAUUGAAUACUAAGUUAGCAGAUGCGACAGAGAAUAACAAAAUUCUUACUACCAAAGUUACCGAUACUGAAACUCAAUUGAAAUCCGGAAAAGAUCUUGUUUCAGAAUUAAAUAAUAAAAUUAUUGCCUUUGAAGAAAAAAGCGCACAGUCUGUAAGGGAAUUAGCCAAACUCAAUGAAGAGCUUAAAAUUGAGAAACAAAAUUCGAAUUCUGCGUUAGAAGAGAAGCGUGUAUUGCAAGAUGCAGUAAAGGUACUACGAGAACAGUUACUUGCUAUGCAAAAUGAUUUAUCUGUUAAAAAAUCUGCUGAGGUAGAAUUGAUAGCCAAAUUAGAGAAUUCAACCAAAGCACAGGAAAAAUCUUGCCAAGAUAUCGAAGUUGCAAAGGAAACCGAAAUAAAGAAUUUAAAGAGUAAUCUUGAUAAAGUGGCGUUACAAAAUGCCGAGUUGAUAAAAAAUAUGAAUUCUCUAAAAGCGACAAUAAUUCAAAAAGAUACUGAAUUCAGCAUUAUGAAAAAGUCUCUUGACGAGCUCAACGCACAAGUCAAGCAUGCUGAAAAAACUGAAUGUGAGCAGACAAAGACCAUUGAAGAAUAUCAAAUGAAGCUCACAACUCAACAAUUGGAACUGGAUAAUACUAACAAGCAGAAUCUCAACUUGCGACAAACUAAAGAGUCCUUAGAAACUCUAUUGCAGGAAAAGGAGCAAAGCAUAAGUGCUAUAAAAGAAUCCUUGAACAAAGAUAUCCAAGACAAAUCAAACGCCAAAGAACUUACUCACCAGUUGAAUCUCGUACAUGCAGAGGUGAACCAGUUGAAAGAAAUCGAAUCUAAUUUAAAAAAAGAAUUAGCAGAGGUCAAUAAGAAAUGGGUUGAAGCCAAAGAAGCCCUCAAACUAGCUGGUCAAAAUCAGAAAAAUCUUAAAGACGUUGAAGUAAUCCCAAGUAAUCAGUCUAUUCAUCCUGCAGGGGGCGACGUGAGUAAGAACAAGAAGAUCAUUGGUAAUGACGUUGAUAUGGACAAGUUAUUAGAGGAACAUGAAUUGGCUCAAGGACAAAUAGAUUUCCUAAACUCAGUUAUCAUAGACAUGAAGAAAAAAAAUGAUGCUCUGACAUGCAAAGUGGAAGUUCUAGAAAUGGGUAUCCCUCCAAGCGAAGCAGACGAUUACAAUUUGAUUUCCAUCAACUCGAGAAUGGCGGCACCUCGUAUGUUCUGUGAUAUCUGUGAUCAAUUUGAUUUACACGACACAGAGGACUGUCCUCGUCAAGCACAAGACUCACCUGAGCCAGAAACGUCACAAAGAACUCCAAAGAAGCAACCGGGUGAAAGACCAUACUGCGAUGUUUGUGAGGUGUUUGGACAUGAUACGACUAACUGUGAGGACGAAGAAACCUUUUAAUGGUCAAAAACAACUUUUGAUAUGCAACUGUCUUGCCUGCAAGAAGAUGGAUAUGUUGAGUUUUCAGAUUAUAUUUUUGUAACGAUAAUCCUAUACAUAAGAAUAACUUAAGUAGUUGUUGUUUAAUUGUCUGUUGAAAUGUAAUGUUUUUUCAAUAACUUGCUUUCGGAGACUUGCCACAUUUAUGGUCAACUUCUCAAGAAGUUGCAAACUAAUUGUAGUGAAUUUUAUUUGAGCCAUCAGGCCAGUGCAACCUCUCUGGUCAAUAUGGCAUAGGGCAAAUCAAAUCUGGUAAUUUUCAAGCGUGGAAUUCGAAACCUGAAAUUUGUGAUCAAAUUGAAAAACGCAUCAACAAUUCAACAAUGGGUAUCCCAAAUAAAGAGUAAAAAAUUGCUUUUUUGAGCAGGCAAUACAUCCUGCAUAUUUCCUAACUAUCUCGGUGCACCCUUUCAAAUUUAGAUGGCCUAAUCAAACUGUUUUAGGAAAAUAUGGAAGAGAAUGUAUAUUUGGAAUAGUAGAUCUAACUGAAAGACUAAGUCGUGUUUCUGUGUUGCAAAGUAAUUAUCUAAAAUUUGGAAGAUUCUAAACAUACAUUCUAUUCAUGUAGACCUAUUUUUAUUCAUCCUGAGGACAGCUGCUGAUCUACUGAUUCUCCUUGGCUGUUUCCUCUGGCUUAAAUUUUGUUUAAAACCGUUUUAUAGUUAAAUAUUGUAAGCAAUAUUUCUAGAUACUUAAGAGGGGUUAAAUAUUUAUAUUUAUUCAUGUAUCGAUUUGUAUAAUUUAAUUUAUAUGAUCAUAAUAUUUAUUGACUCACUAAUAAAUUUGAGAUGCAAGUUUCA